AUGACGUCGGCACUAGACGACGAGGACUUGUCCCUGUCCAUAUCGCAGACCCGCCGCACCUCCCGCGAAGAUUCCAGCUCCUCCAAUGCAACACCACGAGGCAGCACACAGCAACCUGCGUCAUUACUCAGAGAUGUGGGCAGAACAGCGACACAGCGCAAGGAAGCAGCCAGACUAGGACAGUACAGCAUUGUGAAAACCCUAGGCGAAGGCUCCUUCGGCAAAGUCAAACUCGCCAUCCACCAGGUCAGCAACCAGAAAGUCGCUCUCAAGAUCAUUGCUCGGCGGAAACUGGUCACGAGGGACAUGGCGGGAAGGAUCGAGAGGGAGAUUCAGUAUUUGCAGUUGCUGAGGCAUCCGCAUAUCAUCAAGCUGUUCACGGUGAUAACGACGCCGGGUGAUAUUAUCAUGGUCCUGGAGUAUGCGGGUGGCGAGCUUUUCGAUUAUAUUGUGCAGCAUGGGAAGAUGGCGGAGGAGAAAGCGAGGAAGUUCUUCCAGCAGAUCGUAUGUGCGGUCGAGUAUUGUCACAGGCAUAAGAUUGUGCAUCGGGAUCUGAAGCCGGAGAAUCUGCUGCUGGAUGAGAAUCUGAAUGUCAAAAUUGCGGAUUUCGGUCUCAGCAAUAUCAUGACGGAUGGCAAUUUCUUGAAGACCAGCUGUGGCAGUCCGAACUAUGCAGCGCCGGAAGUCAUUAGCGGAAAGUUGUAUGCUGGUCCGGAGGUCGAUGUCUGGAGUUGUGGUGUUAUCCUCUACGUUCUGCUGGUUGGGAGGCUGCCGUUCGACGACGAGUAUAUCCCGGCACUUUUCAAGAAGAUUGCACAAGGCAAUUACAUCACGCCGAACUACCUUUCUUCGGGAGCCGUGCGACUAAUUAAGAGGAUGUUGCAGGUCAAUCCAGUUAAUCGGAUCACCGUGCCAGAAAUAAGACAGGAUCCGUGGUUUACAAAGGACUUGCCAGAAUAUUUGCAACCACCUGUCGAGGACUUUGUGGAUACUGGUGUCGAUCCUGCCAAGGCCAUAGAUCCUUACUCACUGUCGAAGGGCAAACCGAAGCCGGUACAGGAGAAGCUUCAUUCUACCGUUGUAGGCAAGCUCGGCAAGACUAUGGGCUAUGCGCCAGACGAUGUGCAGGACGCACUCAAACGGGAUGAGCCGAGUGCCAUCAAGGAUGCAUACCUGAUCGUCCGCGAGAACACGCUCAUGAAGACGAAUCCAUCUCUUGCACAAGAACAACCAGCGUUCAUCGCAGCAAGUCCUCCUGCGUUCCACCCGAUUAUGCCCACCUCGCCACGUUCACCUGGUAUGCGACCGCCGCCUAGUCCGCUUGGUAGCAAUGACCAUCCUCGACAUGGCUCAAAUGCCUCGUCUUCGAUCAUAGACUCCCGCACGGCGGCUUCAUCAAUAGCGGUGUUGCCAACUUCACUCCCCGAUUUUCAUGUCGCAUACAUGAAGGGCCACGGUAACGACCUCACGAGUACGCCACCCGGCGACGAAACAACCACAAACCCAGAUCCAUCCCGACCACGAACAAAAGAAGAACAAGAAGCCACAGCACGAAGACUAAAACCUCACAGUCGAAGUUCUGCCAACCUCCACCGCGGCCACCAUCCUGAGAAACCGGAGCCCAUGACGAGUUUACCAGACAAACACGCCAAGAAGCAGAAACCCACCAAGUGGCAAUUCGGCAUAAGAAGUAGAAACACACCUGCUGAAGCAAUGCUCGCCAUCUACAAAGCGCUCCGAAAGAUGGGCGCGGUGUGGGAAGUUAUGCGGCCGAAGGAGGGCGGAGCCGCAGGGAGUGGCGAAGGUUCUCCCGAAAGACCAGCGGACGGGCAGGAAAGCCCGGAGUACAGCGACUCAGAUCCUGACGCGGGUACGGAUCCAGAAUACGCCGAUCACGAGGAGCAAGAAAGACGGAGGAGCAGGAGGGAUGAAGGCGGUACUGGUAGUGGAGAGGGUAAACGCGGACGAGAGCGAUACGGCCGUUGGAACGAUUACGGAUACUCCCUCCCUGAAGAUCCCUGGGUGAUCCACGCGAGGUUCAAAAAGCACGGCAUGUUUCCCCCCGGCGUCCAGCAUCCCUCUUCCACGCACAGUUCGCGGGUCAACCUCACAGGGGGAGAGGACGAGAAGAGAAGACGCAGCUCAACGGUGAGUUCAUCCGGCAAUGUCAGUCUGGCGGGUAGCUCCGAGAACAUCGCCGCCACAGGCCCGGCACCCCUCAGUGCAACGAAUAGUCUUGGCUUCAAUCCCGAUGGCUGGCCGGCUCCGGAUGAGAGCGUGUGGGUGUAUGUUACCAUCCAACUCUACAGUAUCGAGAAGGAUUUCUUUCUGGUGGAUUUCAAGUGUGCGGGGUAUGAGCGGUUGGUGCAGAGGUUUGCUAGGGAGGUUAGGGGGUCGUCGGAGGGAGAUGCGGAUAUUGUGAAGGCGGAUGAGGGGAGUUAUGAUGAGGACGUAGGGACGGAGGACGAGGAUGGGGAGGUGUUGGUUGGGGCAGGCAGGACGCAGGAGGAGAAGGAUAUUUCGAGUCCGUUUCCGUUCUUGGAUGUGGCGAGUCGGUUGAUUAUUCAGCUGGCUGAGGCUAAUGAUUGA